ACUAAGAAAUAGGCGAAAGUCCCUAGUCGGAAACUUUUCCCACUAGAUAGUUUUGUUUACGUGCGGCAAAUUUUGUAUAUAAAUCGGUUCAAAAUGAAGAAAACUUGCCUAUUUUGUAGAAAUACUCGCAUUUUCGAUAUCCACAAGGAUUUUGGGAACAAUAGCCACACCGCGAAAAACGAUAUGUUGGAAUUUUUUGGACAUCAGAUUGAGUCCUUUUUGAGGCCCGAUGAUGCAAUUUGCAACACUUGUAUGAAUAUCAUGGACAAUGUGGCCAAAUUAAAGCGUCGCCUUUUGCCCCUCAUUUUCCGAUCAGAACCGUCCAACAUGGAGGAAGAUUCCAAACCAUUGAAUUUCGGCAAGAAAUGGGACAUUUUUGCCUCAAUGAACUUCGAUGAUGAGAAUGACCCGUUCCUGAACUCUAGGAGCCCCACUCCCAGUAGUCUGCUCACGUGUAAACGCAUUGAUAUUUAUGAGAGCCCCCUUGAAAUGAAAAUUGCUGAAAUCGAGCGCUAUCGGAGCUUAAGUCGGACUAGUGCAAGGUCAGCUGCUGAUAGCGAAAUAGUCAAGGCAUUCACUAAGAAACGGGGCAGAAGGCGAAAGCGGGGGCACAACUGGUCAAAGAGAAAAAACGGGAGGUAUUCACGGACUGAUGCUGUUACUAGGAGAAGUGUAAUGAGCGUAUACAGCACACGAUCAGCUGUAGCAUCAAGACCAGUUAGCUCCUUGUCUAACUUAAGCACCGACUCUUAUGAGAGUUUCUACCCGCCUGGAAUGCAGCCGUCGACAUCAGCCCCAGCUCAGGAAAAAAAGCGGGUGCGACAUGCUGAUGAAAAUGUAGAAAUCAAACCAAAAUCAGUCGCAAAACCACAAGUCAAAGAAAUAGACUUGCAGGAAGAUGAACUGCAUGAGUGUUGCAUGGAAGGUUGUACUUUUAUCUGUAAAGAUAUCGAUUUCAUGGUGCAGCAUAAAAUGACCAGACAUAAACAACUCGCCCUGUUCCGGUGUAAUUACUGUGGCAAGAAAUACACUUCGGACGCUGAUCUGGAAAUCCACAAAAGGACGCAUGCCGAGCAAUACUCUUGCGUCAUCUGCCACAAAGAAUUUUAUUUCGACCGUGAUCUCGUUCAACACUGGCAAGAGGAACAUGUUAAAAAAUCGGUCCCCUGCCCGAGUUGUGGCAAACGAUUCGUUGAUCAAAACAUUUGCAAUAAGCACCAAAAAAAUGUUCAUAAAAGGAAUAUUCCGAGUAGGACGGACUACAAUAAGGAAAACAAAAAUAAGGAAAAGGAACAAAGCAACAGUCCUAAUAGAGACUUUGAAGUUAGGAUGUUAGUGCAAAGCAGCUGUAGUAUUCCUGAGAUUUUAAACGCAAAGGAAAAAUCACUCCAAGUGUCUUGCUCCACAACUGCAAUGAAAUUACAAGAAACUAGCAUAGAACAUAAGUACAAAUUUACAGGUGUCCCAAUACUAACCGGCUUCAAGGUUUGAAUUGGAGCACCUAAAUAUUUUUUGUUGAGAAUUUAAGUUUAUUUGUUUUGUACACUCCUAGUUUAAUAUAUUAUCAGUCAAAUUAAACUACAGUCAUCUAAAUUUCAAUAGGCCAACCCCUGGUGUAAUUUGGAUGGAAUCGGUCAGUGUAAAUUGUUCUUUAAAGAACGACUUACACGGCCAAUUAAGCCCAAGUUUCACCAGAGGGUGACCGUUGUGAAAGUGGAUUGACUAUAUGUAUUUUUUAAAGUUCGCUAUUAAAAAUAGAUUCUUGCACUUGUUAUCGAAUUAUAUGAAUACUUUUGUGAUACUACUUCUAAUAAAAAAAUUGGAAAUUU